AAGUCAAGAAGAUGCCUGCUAAGCCGGACGAAGUCGCUGUGGUUAUAGAUGAAGCGAAACCUAAAGAGGAGGUUAAGCCCGAAGAGGAAACAAAGCUUCAACAGAAGGCAAAGUCGAAGGAUGAAAUUAAGCGAAAACAGAUCAAAUCUGAAGAAGAAGGGAAUCCGAAGGAGGGAAUUAAGGCAGAAGAAGAAGUAAGGGCAGGUCAGGAUGAGAAGCGGAAAGAUGAAGUCAAGCCAAAGAAGGGUAGAGCUAAAGAGGAAUCGAAGCCGGUGGACGAAAUUAGGCCAAAAGAGGAAGCAAAGCCCCAAGAGAAAGUGAAGGAGAUGGAUGAGUUGAAAUUAGAAGAAAAGGCAGUUCCUCAAUACAAAUCAUUAAGUGAAGGAGUUACAGCUUCUUUCGAAUUUAAUCUUCGAUUAUCUGCGCAAUCAUGUUGUAUAACUGUUCGCGAUAAGUGCCUUGAAAACCUUGUAAGGAGUGUUCCUGAGCCUGUUUUCCGUGAAGUAUUUUGCAACGUAUCGCUGGUAAAACAGAGAACGGAGAAAGUAGGUAUCAGUGCAAUAUAUGAAAGGAGAACUGAUGAUAGGAAGCCUCAGAUGGAAAAUGAUGACAAUAUCACUAUGGUUGAUGUUGUGGAGGAGGCACGUAUUAAGUCAAUUAAGAAGAAAAGAAAGAAGCAGAAAAAACGAGAGAAAGUGGAAAUUAAGGUCACACCUUUCGACGAGUGCGAUACUAAUGAAGUUUCUCGAGCUCCGCCUAAAGCAGAGCUUCUUGAGAUAAAUGUCUCUAGGAAAAGGACCAUAUCAGGGACCAACGACAUUUUCGUGGACCUUGAUAUAGAAGCUGGCGAGGAAGCGUGCAAAACGGACGCACUCAUUGAUCUGAACUUCUAUGAUUACGAUGAGAUGGAAAUUAGUAUUUGCGAACUUGAACCAGAAAUCAUAGAAGUAGAUGUACUUCUGGACUCCAUGGAUGAAGAAGAUGGUGUGGACGCCUUUCCUUUGAUAAACACUGCUAAGGUUCUCACAACCGUGCACAUAUCUUCUGAAGAUACUUCAAUUUCUCGCCUUAUUGAAGAACAUAAGCUCCCAUGUGCUGAACAAGUCGAAGUAUGCCUUGAAAGUGGAAUUACCAAAGUGCACGCACGCAAGACGGUUAAGAUGAAGCAGAGAAUAAAAGAAAAAGAUACUAAGGCUGAUGAAAUCACUGACGAUGAGCAACAAAUAAUCGAGCAUCCAAAAUCAGUAGAACUUUCCAAUCUAAACGAAACAGUCACUCUUACUUGUUCAACUACAUUACCAAUCAAAACCGCAUCAUGGUUCAAGAAUGGCAUGAUUGUAGACACAAGCGACUUCAUUUCAAUAGCAGCGGUAGGAAACCAAACCCAGCUUACCUUGAAUAAGUUCAUCCCAUUCUACAUUGGCGUUUACCACGUCGUAGUUGACGGUGUUGGGAGCAGGCCAGCAAAAAUAUCAGCCAACAUUGCGCCAGUAUUUCAUGACAAACUUCCUGCCACAAUUAUCCAUUCAACUGGAAAACCUUUGGAUAUACGUUUAACCUACACUGCGGUUCCAACUCCAGAAGUGAAAUUACUUCACCAAGGAAAACCCAUGAUUCUUGAAGCUGACAUUGACCAAUAUGAAGACAGUGUUUCCAUAAGGAUCAAGAACAUAAAAAAACGAGACCAAGGCAAUAUAUCAAUUUGUCUCGCUAACUGCUUCGGUCGUGCAGUCUCAUCAUUCGAGCUGAAACUGGUCGACACUCCGCUGUCACCGAGGAACGCUCGCGCUGUGAGACUAACCGCCACGUCACUUACUCUUCAAUGGGAUUCCCCAGAACAAGGUGAUUGUGACGUAAAACAGUACACUGUUGAGAGGAGAAUAACGGAAAGUGGAAGAUGGAGAAAAAUGGGGAAAACAUCAGAGAAGGAAUACACAUGCAAUGAGUUAAUUCCGAAAGAGUUCUAUGCGUUUAGAAUAAUUGCCUCAAACUCAUUUGGUGAUGGAUUACCAAGCGAAGUCGUGGAAGUUCACAUGCCUGAAGAAGAUGACGAAACUUCUCAAAGACUCGCAUCACAAACAGAACAAGAAAUAGAAGUUGAAGUCUCAGAAGAUGGAGUUGACGCGGAAAGAGUUAAGACAAAAGAGGAAGAUAAACCACAAGACGAAACGAAAGAAGAGAACAAAGAGAAGGAAAAAAGGAAGCUUGUGACAAAGAAGAAACAGAAGGCCAAGCCCGAAGAAGAAGUGAAAACAGAAGAGAAAGAAAAACCAAAAGAAGAGGUCGUGCUUAAGAAGAAAGAGGAGCUCAAAGAAGAAACCAAGACUGAAGAAGUGAAAACAGAAGAGAAAGAAAAACCAAAAGAGGAGGCCGUGCCGAAGAAGAAAGAGAAGGCGAAGCCUGAUGAAGUGAAACCAGAAGAGAAAGAAAAACCAAAAGAGGAAGCCGUGCCGAAGAAGAAAGAGAAGGCGAAGCCUGAAGAAGUGAAACCAGAAGAGAAAGAAAAACCAAAAGAAGAGGUCGUGCUUAAGAAGAAAGAGGAGCUCAAAGAAGAAGCCAAGACUGAUGAAGUGAAACCAGAAGAGAAAGAAAAACCAAAAGAGGAGGCUGUGCCUAAGAAGAAAGAGAAGGAGAAGCCUGAUGAAGUGAAACCAGAAGAGAAAGAAAAACCAAAAGAGGAGGCCGUGCCGAAGAAAAAAGAGAAGGCGAAGCCUGAUGAAGUGAAACCAGAAGAGAAAGAAAAACCAAAAGAGGAGGCUGUGCCUAAGAAGAAA